GUUUGAAAUGUGUGUGUUGUUGUAGAUGUGGGAGGAUCUAAUUAGGAAGGCGAAAGAUGGAGGCCUUGAUGUUAUCGACACUUAUGUGUUCUGGAAUGUUCAUGAACCAUCUCCUGGCAAUUACAAUUUUCAAGGGAGGUACGAUCUGGUACGGUUCAUUAAGACAGUGCAAAGGGUUGGGCUCUAUGUCCACCUUCGCAUUGGACCUUAUGUAUGCGCUGAGUGGAACUUUGGAGGGUUUCCUGUUUGGUUGAAGUAUGUUCCUGGCAUCAGCUUCAGAACAGAUAAUGGUCCUUUCAAGGCUGCAAUGCAAAGUUUCACUCAGAAAAUAGUUCAGAUGAUGAAGAACGAAAAGCUAUUUCAGUCUCAGGGUGGUCCAAUCAUUCUUUCUCAGAUUGAGAAUGAGUAUGGACCUGAAAGCAGGGCACUGGGAGGUGCUGGUCAUGCAUACACAAACUGGGCUGCAAAGAUGGCUGUUGGAUUGGGUACUGGUGUCCCCUGGGUAAUGUGCAAGCAAGAUGAUGCCCCAGAUCCAGUGAUAAAUGCAUGCAAUGGUUUUUAUUGUGAUGACUUCUCUCCAAAUAAACCAUACAAACCUAGCCUUUGGACUGAGUCUUGGAGUGGUUGGUUCACAGAAUUUGGUGGUCCAAUUUACCAACGACCAGUUCAGGAUCUAGCAUUUGGGAUUGCCCGUUUCAUACAAAAGGGUGGCUCAUUUUUCAAUUACUACAUGUACCAUGGAGGAACUAAUUUUGGACGAUCAGCUGGAGGGCCAUUCGUUACUACAAGCUAUGACUAUGAUGCUCCAAUUGAUGAAUAUGGUCAGAUAAUUAUGCUUUCAAAACAUGAUAAGAUUCUUUGA